GGCCAUAAACUCUUUGGAAGACUUAGAGACCAAACUCAAUCUCAAUUUCAAUUCCAGUGCUGCUGAAUCCAUACUAGUGAACAUUGGAGUGAAGCUCGAUCGUCUUGAAUCUCUGCUCCUUAAUCCUCCCACUAGACCCAUCUUGUAACACUAUUUAUUAGCACCAACCAACACAUUACACAUAUCACUUGGUAAUGAAUGAGUAUUAAUCAUAUAUGUUUCACCCAAUUUGCAGAACUAAUGAAGACCUGGAUUUCCGUUGGAAGAUGCUUUCAGACAUUCAGCUAAGAACCAGAACACUCGCUCGUUCUGUUUCUGCAUCAUUAACAUGCCCAAACAGAUAGGUUCACCUUUCAGUAAUUGCACUACUUGUGCUUCUCUUUAGGCCAAGCAAUGUUCCUGAUAUUGGUAGCAAUGAUAACACUGACCGUUAUAACCAAGAUUUCAUGAAAACCGUAUACUCCCAAGAUCAGAAAGAGUUGAUGAAACCUCUUCUUGUAAGUUUUUUGCAACUAAUAAACUAAACUAUAUACCACCAUGAAUUAAGGGCUACUAAUUAUUGCUUUGAGUAUUUUGUGGCAGUUUGAUGAUGAAAACAGAAGUCAGGUAGAGGUGAGUACUCUAGUCUUUGGUAUUUUCGUAGUUAGUUAUGUAUUGAAUAUGUCAUGAUCUAUUAACAUUAUAAUCUGUUUUUUGUGGCCUAACAGCAGAAUGAACUAAGUUUUAUGUCAAUGAUUUCACUAAGGAAAGCUUGCUCUACUUUCUUAUUGUUCUUGGGACUAGUUGCACUCCUAUUUCUUGUGGUUCUCCUCUGCACAACUAUGUAGCUUAUCACGUCCAUAUAAGAAGAAUCAUGAUAUGAUGGAUUUGUGCCAUUAAAUGUGUAUAUAUUCAGUAAAGGGUAUACAUUUUUAUGUCCAAUCUAUUUUUCAUCUUAAGGGGUAGAAUCUUGUCAUGUGUUCAGCUAACUUGAAUGAAGAAAAACAUUAACUUUUCGUUAGUCGCUAUUGUAGCAUCCAAUUUUGAAGUAUUCAACUUUAUAACUAUUGUUGUAUACAUCAACAUUAGUCUCUUAUUGUAGCAUUGUUUAACAAGUUAACAAUAUAAUAUUGUGUGACAGGAACAUACAUAAUUUUCUUUGGCCGUGAAAGAGAGAAAGUAGUAAAUAUUAAUUGGGGCAGUCCUUUUUCUUGAGGAGGGCCCAUGUUCCACUCGGUUUUGAGAUGAAUAUAUGAUGAUUGAGAGAGCAAAAUAAUUUGAAAAAGCACCAUUCUUUAAAGAAAAAUGGCCAAAGUGAGCAGUGGUGUGUGAUGACUUGGAAAAGUGCCAGUGCAACACAGCUCACAAGCAUAACACAAAUACAAAAGAUAAAGCUAAGAAGAAGCCAUCAUUCAAAGGCGUAAAUCAAGGGAUCAUAAACAUGAACAUGAACCAAUGAGUAGUUAAGUCUGCCCAAUCACACACACAUAUAUAUAAAAUUGAAACAUUUCAUCAAUCCAAAUCCAAAUCAUAACAACCCCGUUUCCCUCUCUGUGUGUAUGUCUUACCAAUCCCACAAACAUCCAAGUUGGAAAUUUUCCAUCAUACUCAUUCAAUCAUCACAGAAUAAUUCAAUUCAACAAGCUAAGCCAACUAACAUCUUUUUCUAUAUAUAUAUAUAUAUAUAACUCCAUAUAUAUUCCCUUUCUUCCUCUUCCUCCAUCUAUGGUUACAACUAUUACAAACUCAAGAAAUUAAAGAAGAGAAAAAAGAUGAUGAUCCCUGCUUGUUUCAGCCAAUCCACCACCACUUCGAAUCAAACGCCGCCACAAAAUGUAGUAACAUGCAUAUACCAAACUCAACUCUUCAACUCAUCAUCUUCAUCAACAUACCUCACUCUCAGUUGGUCCAAAACCCCUUUCUCUCACUCUUUAACAAUCUACGCUGCAGAUAUAUUCACCACCACCAUCUCCCUAAACCCUUCAACCUUCUCCUUAUUCCGAUCACCGCACGGCUCCAAAUCCAUCUACUACCAUCAAAACCAGCGCCGCCACAAGAUCAAGCUCCAAUGGAACUUCUCCCGGACGAAAUUCACUCAGAAAUCAGCAGAGCCAGAGUCGUGCUUCUACUUGGCGAUCUCAUGCAAUGGGAGAAUCAAAUUCUUCAUGGGUGACAUUAAUUAUAACAUUCUCCAAAACACACAAGAGAAAAGCGUUGAUCCGAUCUUGCUUUCGAGGAGAGAGCACGUGUUUGGGAGCAAGAGUUACGUGUCAAGGGCGGUGUUCAUGGGUUGCAAGCAUGACAUUGAGAUUGAAUGCAGUGGAGGCUCGCUCAGAGUCAAAGUUGACAGUCAACUUCGCUUGGUGGUCAAGAGGCUUGCAUGGAAGUUCAGAGGGAAUGACAAAUUCUUCGUAGACGGCGUAGAAGUUGAGUUCUACUGGGACGUCCUGAGUUGGGUGGCCAACGCCGAUAACAGCACCAACGGUGGCAGGCACGGCGUUUUUGUGUUCCAGGUCGGUGGCGAUGGCACCGUGUGGCCGGAAAUGGUGGGUGCGGAGAAGAAGUUGAUGAAGAAAGGAUUGUUGCCGGGAUCCGGUGUCUUGCAGUGGGCGGAGGAGACCAGUGACGGUGGGAGAAUCUCCUCUUCUUCGUCGGCAAGGUCUUCUGCCAGUAAUGGCGGCGCUUUCUCCUUGUUGCUUUACGCUUGGCCCAAAAACUAAUUUCAUUAUUUUUU